UCCUUCAAAGCAAGAUCUGCCCUCUCUCUCUUUCUCAUCUCUUCCUGGGACACUCUGUGUGGGCCUCAACUUGUUCCGUUACUCUGCCAAACCAACUACCUUUGAAUUUGAUUUCCAGGAAUUGCAAAUGGGGAAAAAAGGGAGUUGGUUUUCUGCAGUCAAGAAAGUUUUCAGUCCAGAUUCCAAAAAGGAAAAGAAAAAGCACAAGUCAAAGAAACAAAGUGGUUACAAGGAUUCGGAAGUAGCAUAUGCAGAAGCAGCAACCCCUCUUCCACCAAUAGAUAGUGUUAAAGAAAAUGAACAGAACAAGCAUGCAUUUUCUUUGGCUCUUGCCAGUGCUGUUGCAGCAGAGGCUGCUGUUGCUGCUGCUCAGGCUGCUGCAGAGGUUGUGCGUCUCACAAGUAUGCCUCACUACCAUGGAAAGACCAACCAAGAAAUAGCAGCUACCAAGAUUCAAACGGCAUUCCGCGGAUAUAUGGCAAGAAGGGCAUUGCGCGCAUUGAGAGGUUUGGUGAGACUGAAAACACUGAUACAAGGACAAUCUGUUAAGAGGCAAGCAAGUAGCACCUUACGAUGCAUGCAAACUCUGGCAAGUUUACAGUCUCAGAUUCGCGAAAGGAGAAUUAGAAUGUCUGAGGAGAACAAGGCCCUUCAGCACCAACUACAGCAGAAACAUGAAAAGGAACUUGAGAAGUUGCAAGUUGCUCAGGUUGGAGAAGAAUGGGAUGACAGCUUGCAGUCAAAGGAUCAAAUUGAAGCAAAAUUGUUGCAAAAACAAGAAGCUGCUUUGAGAAGAGAGAGAGCUUUGGCCUAUUCAUUCUCACAUCAGCAAACUUGGAAGAGCUCUUCAAAAUCAGUAAAUCCUACAUAUAUGGAUCCAAAUAAUCUUCACUGGGGGUGGAGCUGGCUAGAGAGAUGGAUGGCUGCCAGGCCAUGGGAGGGCCAAAGCACAAUGGAUCACAAUGAUCAUUCAUCACUGAAGAGUGCAGCAAGUGUAGGAGAAAUCACCAAAACGUAUUCACUCCGCGGCAAUAGUCAUGAUAAUAGGCCUUCCCCUUUUGGCCAAAAAGCGAGAAGACAUGCCACUCACAACUCCCCUUCAACUCCAGCUUCAAAGGCAAAAUCUGCUACUGGAAAGGUAAGGCCAUCAAGCUCAAAGGGUAGUGCAUGGGGUGGUGAUGAAGACUCAAGAAGCAUGCUAAGUGUUCAGUCAGAACGUUAUCGCAGACAUAGCAUUGCAGGAUCCUCAGUGAGAGAUGAUGAAAGCCUUGCAAGCUCACCUGCCAUUCCAAGUUACAUGACACCCACAAGUUCAGCAAAGGCCAAGUCCAAAAUCCAAAAGCCAUCACCUGAAAAAGGAGCCGCUGCUGUUUCUGCCAAGAGGCGACUUUCUUUCUCCCCUUCUUCGGCUGGUUCAAGAAGACAUUCUGCUCCUCUUAUGGUGGAAAUGGUUUCCAAAAAAGAUGUUGCUGCUAUGGUUAGCAAUGGAGGGGGCAGGUAGUGAUGGGGAUGUUAUUGCCAUCAGUGUAAUUCUUGUAUGAGCAUAGUUUGUCUAUAGGCACAACCAGUCAAAAAGGCAAAAAGCUUGAAUAUAACAUUAAAAUAUCUUCAACUUAGAUUCUACUUUUGAUUGGUUGUCCCUGUAGAGUCUGUCUCAUGCCCAAAUUACUCUUGGCAUUAACUUUCUCACUGUUAUGAAUGAAAAUUUAGGUGGUGUAAUGGGUCUUGCUAGUUGUCUUUGAUCCUCUUCUUCAUCCCCACAAUUGUUGGUGCCUUGAGGAGUAAAGAUACAACAAAAUUGGCUUAUCAGUUUGUUCAUAUAUACAAUUAUCUUCAUAAUUACUAUCAAACACUUCUUAACAAACAACUCUGUUUAGCUGGAUUGGUUUUAGGAGUGACACUAGUUUUUUUUUUUUUUUUUGACAAAUUAUGCUUUUGUUUAAUUUUGCUGUAACCCUUGUAGGGUAGUAUGCUUUUUGUAUUUCUUUAUUUUCUAUGUAAUUGAUUUCAUGAUUAUUGGUUUAGAUUGUGACCAUAUUUGUUAUAUUCUUAAUAUGAUGUCUGGAUAAGAAU